ACAGCUUACCACGCCAGUCGCAUCAUGACCGCCAUCGCGUGCGCAGCAUUACUUUCGGUCCUUUGCACCGGCACAGUGCUGCCAACCUUCGCCAUAAAGUACACCUACGAAACCAAGUAUGUGGAUGUGCCAGUGGACCACUUCAGCUUCGCAAGCAACCUCACGUUCCCUCUGCGCUACCUGGUGAACGCUACACACUGGCGUAAGCAUGAAGGGAAACCCAUCUUCUUCUACACGGGCAACGAGGGGGACAUCGAGAUGUUCGCACAAAACACGGGAUUUGUGUGGGAGAUUGCUCCAGAGUUCAGGGCCCUUAUUGUGUUUGCAGAACAUCGCUACUAUGGACGCUCAUUGCCCUUCGGCAACAAGUCAUACUCGGAACCGAAGUACCUGGGUUUCCUAACAUCUGAACAGGCCUUGGCAGAUUACGUUCUGCUGAUUAGUCACUUGCAGAGGGACCAGGAUCAUCCAAGCCCUGUCAUUGCCUUUGGCGGUUCAUAUGGUGGCAUGUUAGCUGCCUACUUCAGGAUGAAAUACCCUCAUGUUGUGGCAGGGGCUAUUGCAGCAUCAGCACCAAUCUUCCAAUUCUCUGGGCUGACUCCAUGUGAAGCUUUCUAUCGGAUUGUCACAUCAGACUACAAUAGCACCUCUACCGAAUGUGCUGCUUCCAUCCGCAGAUCUUGGACAGAAAUUAACAAUAUCACCAGUUCUGAUGCUGGAAAAUCUUGGCUGUCAACGACAUGGAAAUUGUGCAAACCGCUGAAGACAUCAAAUGAUGUUAAGGAGUUGAAGAGCUGGCUGUCAGAUGUCUACACAAACCUUGCCAUGAUCAACUACCCAUAUCCAACGAACUUCCUAGCACCAGUGCCUGCUAAUCCCAUCUCAGUCAUGUGUACUCAUCUACCAAACUCCUCACUGACUGGCAAACUCCUUCUGAAGUCAAUUUUCAAAGCAAUCACCAUAUACUUUAACUACACAGGUAGCACUAGAUGUCUGAAUAUAGAAACUGAAGCUAGCACUAAUCUUGGAGACCUCGGCUGGGAUUUCCAGGCCUGUACAGAGAUGGUAAUGCCCAUGUGCUCAGAUGGCCACAAUGACAUGUUUGAAAUGCAGAUGUGGAACUUUGCUAAGUAUUCUGAUACGUGCUACAAAAAAUGGAAGGUUCGGCCAGAUGAGAAGCGUGCCCUCAGAAUGUACGGUGGUAAAGACAUCUCCACAGCUACCAACAUUGUAUUCAGCAAUGGGCUUUUGGACCCAUGGUCCAGUGGAGGUGUGCUGUACAACAUAUCAAGUUCCACUGCAGCUGUCAUCAUACCAGAGGGCGCACACCACUUGGAUUUGCGGGAGAGCAACCCUGCUGAUCCUUUCUCUGUCCGCACAGCACGUAAAUUUCACCGUAAAUUCAUACGCCGUUGGCUCCAUAACCAUCAGCUUUCAGAACCUACACUAGGAGUUGGUUUGUAGUGGUUGAUUCUUCUUUGCAUAGGCCUUAUGUAAAUUAACACAGAUAAAACACUGUAAUAUGCUGAGAUGCUGAUAUCAGUUUGUCACUCAUCAGUCCUGCAGCUUUGUAAACCCCAAAUUAAGGCCAUCACUUUAUAGCUGGUUUUAUAAUUUGCCAAGUUCACUUCAACUGUUGGAAGAGAAAGAUUAAUAUACACAAAAUAGAAAUUUUUAGUUUUGUCUUAUAAAUUUGAUAAAUUCAACUUGAACUUGAAUUUUGUAUACUGAUAUAUGUACUGACUGAUGUGAGCUACAGCUAAAAAGAAAUUCAUCUUGAGCUUACUGUGAGCUGAUAUGGGCCAAAAACACCAUCAGCCUAUAACUUUUUUGUGUAGAAUGCUAAUACAAAAUUUCAUGAUAUCCUUUGACUAGUUUUAGAAAUUAAAUAUACAGUUUGACAGAUAUUUGCUCCAUAUUAUGCAUUCAUUUUGUGCACAUUGAACAUAAAAUGUACUGAAGGCUUCACAUAGGAAUUCACUGUUUUACAAAUACGUACUGUCACAGUAGUACCUCUGGUACAUUUUGAUCCAUCAACCCACUGAAAA